CAGGGAGAAUGCACACCCUGUUGCCUUUACCUCUCUGCAGCCUGAGCCAUAGCUCCCUGUAUUUUCCUCUGCUGCUGCUGCUCAUAGCUGCUACCCCAGUUCUCUGCAAUGGCAUGAAUGAGACCAACUCUUACCGGCUACUUAUUGGCUUCCAGGCUCCCUGGAACGUGUCCUAUCCCUUCAGUGCCCGCCGGUUAGGCUCCGCAAUACAGAUUGCUGUGGAAAAGGUCAAUAGCAACCCAUCAUUUCUGGGGAACUACAGCCUGGAUUUUGUUUACGCGGACUCGGAGUGCGACGCCAAGGUUUCCAUCAGAGCCUUCAUUCAACAGGUGUGGAAAGAAAACGUGUCGGCGCUCUUUGGUCCGGCUUGUCCCGAAGGGGCGGAGGUCACCGGUCUUAUUGCAUCUACUUGGAACAUCCCGAUGUUUGGCUUUGUCGGACAAUCCCCCAAGAUGGACAAUACUGCCAUUUACGAUACUUACAUCAAAGUUGUGCCCCCCCUUAAAAGAAGUGGAGAGGUCUUAGUUAGGACACUGCAAUAUUUUGGGUGGGACCAUGUGGCUCUGAUUGGAGGGGGGUUAGAUUCAAACACUUGGGACAAAGUCGAUGCUUUAUGGAAGUCUGUCGAGGAUCAGCUCAGAGCUCAACUCACCGUGACAGCAAGUGUUAAGUUUGACACCAGCAACUUGGAACUUGUCCACAGGAAUGUCAAGUACAUCUCGACAGUGGCAAGAGUGAUUGUGGUGAUGACCAACGCCGAGGAUGCAAUUAACCUUUUAAUGGAGGCGGAGAGGCAAGACCUAAUGGCUGGAGAGUAUGUUUUCUUCCUUCUGCAGCAUUUUGAGGUCAGUGGCAAUUUGGACAACCUGUGGAAAUAUGCCAUGAACAACAGGACAGACCUGGCGACCAUGAGGGCCUUCGAAAUGGCCUUUGUCAUUGGUCAGAAGUCCAACGAGGGUUACGACUACUACGACUUCUUUGAGCAGGUCUAUGAGAGGCUGAAGACGCACCCUUUUCACACCAAGCUUAAAUCAGAAAAAGAGGUUAGCCCUUACUCUGCCUACUUGCACGAUGCAGUCCUGCUUUACGCCAUGGGACUGAAGGAAGUCCUCAAAGAUGGCAAAGACCCCCAUGACAGCGGUGAAUUGCUCCAGAGAUUGAGGAACAAGAACAACAUCCACUUCUAUGGAGCCUCUGGACUGGUGCAGUUUGAUGAGGAGGGCGAGAGGAACUUGGAUUACUCCAUUUUUGAUCUGCAGCAUACUGAUGACAGCACCACAUUUGUGCCCAUCCUUCAUUUUGACAGCCACACAAAAUCUAUCAGACCGACCCCAAAGUUUGUAUCUGUGAUCUGGCCAAAGGGAACGCCUCCGACUGAUAAUCCUGACUGUGGCUUUGACAACAAGCUUUGUCAAUGGCUCUCCAAUGAUAUAUCCCUGGUGAUCUUGCUGGUGGUGUCCCCUCUCAUUGGUGUGUCAGCCCUGGUCUUCAUUGGCUUCCUUUUGCUGCAGAAGUUCCGGCUGCAGAACAGGCUGGCCGGCUCCUGCUGGUGUAUCAUCAGCUACAAUGAGAUCACUAUUAUCAAAGAGCCUAAAGGAGUGCCGGCCCUAUCUCUGAGCACGACCGCCAGUAAGACUGGAAGUGGAGGCUCCUAUCAGACCAUCCUCUCCUCCACUAGCUACGGACUGAGAGACAACGCAGGGAAAGAGUACAUCUACUCCACUAUAGGUCUUUUCCAGGGAAAUCAAGUGGCCAUCAAAUACAUGGAGAAUCAAUCUGUCAGCGAUAUCAGGAAGCCAUCCAUCAUCGCAGAGUUCAACAUGUUGAGAGAGAUGAAGCAUGAAAACUUGGUGCAGUUCUUUGGGGUUUGCAUUGACCCUCCAAAGGUCUGUAUGGUCAUGCAGUACUGCAAGAAAGGCAGCCUGAAGGAUGUUCUGAAAUGCACUGACAUUGAGCUGGAUUGGAUGUUUAAACUGUCCUUUGCAUACGAUAUUGUUAAUGGGAUGGAGUACAUCCACAAGAGUAGCCUGAAGUCCCAUGGCAACUUGAAACCCAGCACGUGUCUGGUGGACAGCAGACUUCAGGUCAAACUCUCUGGCUUUGGACUGUGGGAGUUCAAACACGGCAGUAAACACAAAGUCAUCCCUCUGGAAAAUCCCAAAUUUGAAGAGAUGUACUGGACGGCUCCAGAACUUCUGAGGCAAGACCAGCUUCCGUUCAAUGGCACACCCAAGGGGGACAUCUACAGCUUUGCAAUGAUUAUGCGUGAGCUGAUCUAUAGCUCAGAGUUGGGUCCAUACCACGAUAUCCAGCUGGAGCCAAAAGAGAUUAUCAAGCAAUUGCGGGUCCCUCUCUUAGGGGAGCCCCUCAGGCCGACCUUGUGCCCCAAGAUGUGCAACGAGGGGCUGGUCGACCUUCUGAAGGCCUGCUGGAGUGAGAACCCUGACUACAGACCUCCUUUUGGCGCCAUCAGAAGACAGCUGAAGGAGACCAGCCCAGAAAGUCAUGCGAAUAUCCUUGACAACAUGGUGAACAAGUUGGAGAGCUAUGCCAACCACCUGGAGGAGGUGGUUGAAGAGAGAACCAAACAGCUUACAGCAGAGAAGACCCGGUCGGACAAGCUUCUCUCCAGCAUGUUACCAAGGUACAUAGCGGACCAUCUGAUGGCUGGGAAGUCGGUGGAGCCUCAGGGUUAUGACAUGGUGACAAUCUUUUUCUCGGACAUCGUGGGCUUCACCACCAUGUGCUCCAUUAGCUCCGCCCUGGAGGUGGUCACCGUCCUCAAUGACCUCUACAGUCUCUUUGAUGAGAUCAUCAAGCUCUAUGAUGUCUACAAGGUGGAGACUAUAGGGGAUGCGUACAUGGUAGCUAGCGGGCUACCCAUCAGUAACGGCAUGAAGCACGCAUCUGAGAUUUCUACUAUGGCUCUUCACUUCCUGUGUGCCAUCAAGCUCUUCAAGAUUCGCCACUUGCCCAAUCAGAGCUUGUCUCUCCGCAUCGGGAUCAACUCAGGUCCAGUAGUUGCUGGAGUGGUGGGCACAACCAUGCCUCGCUACUGUCUGUUUGGUGACACAGUGAACACUGCUUCCAGGAUGGAGAGCAACAGCCUGCCCCUGAAAAUCCACAUAUCCCAGAGCACAGCUGAGAUCCUCACUCAGAUAGGAUCCUUUGAGCUGGAGGAAAGAGGAGACAUUGAGAUUAAGGGAAAGGGCUGUCAGAAGACCUUCUGGCUGUUGGGUAAAGAAGGCUUCAACCCUCCUCUACCAGUUCACACCUCUCCCCCAGCUUCAUGUCUCAAACCACCAACUGAGGUCAAACCAGCAACAUCCAAAGACCAAGAGAGCAAAGCGAGGGGAAGAGGACAGAGAACUCUGACCACAGUCAUAUGACCAAGGCACGCACGCUGACCGCAGGAAGAGGAUGACCUACAGGCGAAUUCAGGCCACACUGAAAGUCUUUCUUUUUUUGCCAACAUGGUUGUUAAUGGCAGCUAUUUUUCUAGUAAUGAUCUUGUUUAGUACAUUAAUACAAAGAUGAAUUAGUCAACACAUUACUGGUUUCUGGAUUUGUACACACAAAAACUGGUACUUUCUUAGCAGAAUAAUUUAUUUGCAGAAAGGGCUUUUUACAUGUUUUCAGACAUGUUUCUGAUCUUCGUUGUCACAUGCCUUUGUUAUACGAGGUUUGAAUGGAAUGUAGUUACAUGUAAAUUACUGUAUGUGGA